GAAAAAAAUAAUUUAUCUCCCACUUUGACUCUGUGGUCCUACCCCUUCUCUUCUCUUGUCUAGACUUCCAAGUGCUGGCCUUCAUCUCCCCGCAAGAUGCUCCCCCCUCCAGCUCUCAGCCUUCAUCUUCCUACUGUCACUGUCUCCUUCACAAGGAGAGCAGCAAGAGAAAGAAAGAGAGAGGCAAGCGAAAUUCCUGAAUGGAUAGACAGAUGCUACGUCAUCGGAGCUGCAUCCUCCACUCCACAAGAGGCUAGGAGCUGGGGGGAGAGAGGCAGUCCAGCCGCAGGGGCCACCCGAACAGUCUGUCCUCCUCACAGAAGCCUGGAGCUGGGCAUCCAGGAAGAAGCAGCCUCAUUUGUUUUCUGGUGUCAUCGUAGGUGGCCACCUAUGGCUUUUGGGCUUCUCACCUGGGGCGGGUGGGUGCUGCACUACCCUCUCACCCUCCUUCCUCCGUGUGGACGACAGAGCCACAUCCAGCACCACGGACAGCUCCCGGGCGCCUUCAUCUCCUCGUCCUCCAGGCAGCACAAGCCAUUGUGGAAUCUCCACCGGGUGUACAGAAUGGUGCCUCUGCGUCCUGCCACUCAGGACCUCUCGAGUCCCCAAUGUGAUGACUCCUCAGCAUCAUCAGGAACCAAAAAGAAGAAUGUACUUCAUCCGGUUGGGCUGGAUUCCCUCUGAUAAGCCUUCCCAGUUGACUGAAAGAUGAGGCUAGGCUCUAGCAAGUUAAAGUCGAACCAGCUCCUUCAAGAAGCUUUGAGCAGAAUGAAGUGGGGAGGACCCAGCUUCUGGCCCAGGAAGUCCACUGUACCUGGAGCCAUCUGGGAUAAGACUUUGACCCAUGACUCCCAUAUCCACAACCUGUCCAUCCUGGCCCAUCCCAGUUUAUCCUGUAUCAUUUGAGCUGGGGUUCCCACAUCCUCUGAGAUGGAAGUCCCAUCUCAAGUCUUCAAUAAAGACUCUUGAAUAUUGAAUCACAUUAA